GUAAAUUAUGAACUUUUCCCUGCCAGAAGAAUGCCAUUCAUCAAUCGAGCGACUCGGUAAAAUGACUUCCCUGGUGGGUCCGCGAGGCCUCCGCGGUCUCCGCGGCGGGCACGGAAAACACGGAGACCGAUAGUUAAUCGCACGAUCUAUGCUUCAUACUCCCUUGGUUGCAUAAGGGGUUUAUUUAAAUACACGGGAGGAAAGUACAGGCUAUGUCAAGCACCGUUAAAAGUGUGACCUUGACCUAGAAGGGUACAGAAAAUGUCGGCAGUCAGUUCGGCCAGUGACCAGUGAGUACCUGAUCAAUAUAUAUAUAUAUAUGUUGUUUCACAAAGCAUCACUAGAAUACAGCGCUCGGAGAGUCGGUGAAACUGACGAAUUGUCCUAGUCACCAAACAGAAAUGCCGCGAAACCGUCAUGCCAAUGGCUUUGCCAAUGGCUCCAAGAAACCUGUACAGAAGCCUUCUCUAUCAGAAACCAGCUUCGAGUUCGGUGGUCCAGUCGGAGUGUCGGCGCUGAUGCUGGGAUUUCCUUCGCUGAUGUACUACAUGUACAUUGGAGCCGCUUUCUACGAUGGCCGUGCCCCAACACCUCAGAAUGGCGAGACCAUUAGCGAUUUCCUGUAUCAUCUUUUCGACCUGGCGUAUACGCACGCCUUCCCUCACCGCCGAGCAUGGGCCAUCUACUGGAUCUUCCUCAUCCUGCAAGGUAUCGGAUAUCUCUAUCUUCCCGGAGCAUACGGCAAGGGAAAAUGCUUGCCUCACCUGAAUGGGAAGCAGCUGGACUACUAUUGUUCCGCGUUAUCCGCCUGGUACAUAACAAUCGCAGGUGGGCUGGCCCUGCACUUCACCGGAGUCUUUCGGCUAGAUACCUUGAUCACUGAGUUUGGCCCAUUGAUGUCGGUGGGUAUCUGCUCAGGCUUCUUGGUCUCCAUCAUCGCGUAUGUGUCGGCAUUGGCUAGAGGGGUGGAACAUCGCAUGACCGGUUCGCAUAUUUAUGACUUCUUCGUGGGGGCUGAACUGAACCCCCGGCUCUUUCGGUGGAUCGACAUGAAAAUGCUCUUCGAAGUCCGGCUCCCUUGGUACUUUUUGUUCCUCCUGUCACUGGCCACAGCCCUGAAGCAGUGGGAAGAUUAUGGCUAUGUCUCCGGAGAAGUGAUGUUCCUGCUAAUGGCACACUUCCUGUAUGCCAAUGCCUGCUCCAAAGGUGAAGAGUUGAUCAUCACAAGCUGGGAUAUGUACCACGAGAAAUGGGGUUUCAUGCUCAUUUUCUGGAACCUCGCGGGGGUUCCAAUGAGCUACUGCCACUGCACUCUGUACCUCGCGUACCACCAUCCAUCCACAUAUCGUUGGAAUCCGAUUGCACUCGCCGCACUGUUCGUGGCGUAUCUAUUUGCGUAUUGGGUCUGGGACACGUGCAACAGCCAAAAGAAUAUGUUCAGAGCUCAGGAGCGCGGGUUCUGGGUGGACCGGAAGACAUUCCCUCACCUGCCCUGGAAGUACAUCGAAAACCCACAGAAGAUUCCAACCACAACGGGCGACUCCAUUCUAUGCAGCGGGUGGUACGGUAUGGCACGCAAGGUGCAUUAUACCUGCGAUUGGUUUUUCGCAUUCUCCUGGGGAUUGAUCACCGGGUUCAACUCGCCCUUCCCCUGGUUUUAUUCGGUGUUCUUUACCGUAAUGAUUAUCCACCGCACCCGCCGGGAUAUCCAGCGAUGCCGGGAAAGAUAUGGAGAGGCGUGGGAGGAGUACGAACGUCGGGUUCCGAAAUUGUUUAUUCCGGUAAGUCACCACCGAUUGCAUCGCAGGCUGAAGCUAACCAUACGUCACAGUAUGUGAUCUAAAGACCCUACUUCUGUCCAAGACCGAUGGGAGGAUCUGCCA